CUCUCUCUCUCUCUCUCUCUCUCUCUCUCGAUGGCUGCAGAGAAAGAGUUGAACAUGAGCACGAGUUAGAGAAGACCGGAAAUUACUUUCAAUCUUGAUUGAGUGCGAAAGAAGAAAGGGACGUCUCUCUCUCUCUCUCUGUGAUUAUUGGAGAUGGCGGUUCGUAAAGAGAAGAACAGUCAAUCAGGGCGUGGAUCUAGAAUCGCCAUAGCAAUUGCGGUCGGGGUUCUCGUCGGAUGCGUAUGUGCCUUCUUACACCCUAACGGAUUUUUCGCUUCCGAUGGGCCGCCAACACAACGGGUACUUUCCAAGUCAAAUCUCCAGAUUGAUUCAUCCUCUUGCGAAUCAACAGAACGGAUUAACAUGCUGAAAUCAGAUAUUAUGAGUAUGACGGAGAAGAAUGCCGAGUUGAAGCGGCAGGUUAGGGAGCUAAAUAAAAAGCUAAGGCUGACUGAACAGGGAAAAGGUGAUGCUCAGGAACAGUUCAUGGUGUUGGGCGAACCCCGGAAAGCUGGGCCUUUUGGUACUGUCAAGGCUUUGAGGACUAACCCAAUUGUCAUUCCUGAUGAAUCUGUGAAUCCCAGACUAGCAAAGAUAUUGGCAGAGGUUGCUGUUCGGAAAGAGCUAAUAGUUGCACUUGCCAAUUCAAACGUAAAAUCAAUGCUAGAGGUCUGGUUCACUAGCAUAAAGAAAGUGGGUAUUACCAACUACUUGGUUGUGGCAUUGGAUGAUGCAAUUGAGGAUUUUUGUAAGUCAAAUGGUGUCCCAGUUUACAAGAGAGAUCCAGAUAAGGGUAUUGACGCCGUUGGGAGGACAGGAGGUAACCAUGUUGUCUCAGGACUAAAGUUCCACAUCCUGAGGGAGUUUUUGCAGAUGGGUUACAGUGUCCUCCUCUCGGAUGUGGAUAUAGUUUACUUGCAGAAUCCAUUUGAUUAUUUAUAUCGAGAUUCAGAUGUGGAGUCCAUGACUGAUGGUCACAAUAAUCAGACAGCUUAUGGAUAUAACGAUGUUUUUGAUGAACCUGCAAUGGGUUGGGCUCGAUACGCUCAUACAAUGCGAAUAUGGGUUUAUAACUCUGGAUUUUUUUUUAUAAGACCUACCAUUCCUUCAAUUGAGCUGUUGGAUCGAGUGGCUGCUCGGCUUGCUCGACCACCGAGCUCUUGGGACCAGGCAGUUUUCAAUGAAGAGCUCUUUUUCCCUUCGCAUCCAGGGUAUGAUGGGCUUCAUGCUGCCAAAAGAACCAUGGAUUUCUAUCUCUUCAUGAAUAGCAAGGUCCUUUUCAAGACCGUGAGGAAAGAUUCUAAACUGAAAAAGUUCAAGCCAGUUAUUGUUCAUGUAAAUUACCAUCCAGAUAAACUUCCAAGAAUGAAAGCAGUUUUUGAGUUCUAUGCUAAUGGCAAGCAAGAUGCACUGGAACCUUUCCCUGAUGGGUCUGAUUGGUAGAGACUGCAAGAGGCCUUCUGAUUGCAAAGAUGCACAAGCCGUUUUCUUCUUGCUUACUUUUGCUGGAUACAGGUGAUAUCAACUGAUUUUACCUUUCAGGAGCAAUCUGUAAAAUGAAUUCCUUUGCCUUUUUCGUUCAAAUUUGCUGUCCUUCUGAUUUUGUUGUUAACUACUACUAGACUACCUCCGACUCAAAAUGGAUGUGUCAUGUCAUUUAUACUUCUACAAAUGUCAUGAAAAAUUUGGUGUUUGUUGAUGAAUGAAUUCAAUGAAGUCUUUGAGAAAUGCUUUACUGCUGC